AUGGCGCGAACCAAAGAGCUCAGCGCUGCUUAUCGGGCAGUCUAUUUGGCCUCGCCCUUGAAGUUCUCCACACACUUGCACGCAUUCUCUCGUGUGGUGCCCAAGUACUACAUCAAUCCUUGGGAGAAGAACCCCUACAAGUUUCAGCACCACAAGCUCCAUGGCACUCGUGCACGGAAGUACGGCAAGUUCGGUGUUUGGACCUUUCCUCAGCCCUUGGGCCGCGUCAGCCCGCCCAGCGCCCGCGGCACUGCCGACGCCGGCGCUGCGGCGGAGGCGAGCGCCGCGCAGCCGGUGCCGGGGCUGCUGGGCGCGCGGGCGCUGGUGGAGGCGGCACAGAAGGCCCAGGUGGAACGAGUGGAGGACUUUGCUUUCUGGGAGCAGGUCGCAGAGCGGACAGUGAGUCUGCGCGACAUCAUGGACGUGGGCGAUUUGGCUGUGAUUUUGGAUGCGUUGUUGACGGCCAACCACCGUCACACACAUCUCAUGAAGACCGUGUCACGUGAGUUGAUCGAUGACGUGGACAAGCUGUCCUUGGUCGAGGCCGCGGUGAUCCUCAAUGCCUAUGCGCAGUUUAAUUGUGAAAGCAAGCUGAUGCUGAAGGCGUUUGCAGAACACGUGGUGAGGCUGCUUUCCGGGCAGAGCUACACCAGCACGGAGCCUGAUGAAAGGUAUGGGUCCCAGGCAGCAGAUCCGCAGACCUUGGCGGUCCUCAGCAAGGCCGUUGCCACGCUCAAGUACCAGGAACGUAUGGAGCUCGUGUCGACCUUCAACGAACGGAGCCCCGAACGAGUUCGGACGAACCAAAGGUUGGCCACCACGACGCUUCUCGCUCGCCAGGAUGCCGAGAUGAUGCGUGCGGUGCGCUCGGCGCUGAUCGAUCGGAUCGAGGACCCGCGUCCCGCGGGGCGCGGAGACGUCUUCCGCCACGCUGCGCGGCGGUCCUAUAAACCGUCCAUGGAAGAUGCAGAGGAAGUGAAGUUCGAUGCCAUCACUCAACGCCUCCGACCCCUUUGCGAAGGCCUGGACGCCAACUAUGUGGACCCAGUGCCGGUGACACAGAAGGUCAUCGAGGGCUUCUACAAUGGCAUCGCCACCGCCGAGAUCGACACCUUAGCUGCCGAGACGUGUGCUUACAUGUCUCAGAAGCAUCCUGACUUUUCCAUCCUUGCGGCGCGUAUUGCUGUUUCGAACUUGCACAAGAACACCUCUGACUCCUUCUAUGAGACAUGCAAGCUCUUGCAUGGCUACGUGGACGAACAAGGGAGGCCAGCAGGUAUGAUUGCAGAUGACAUGUGGGAGUUCGUGCAAGCGCAUGCCAGCGCCAUCGAUGAGGCCAUUGACUACAAAAGAGACUUUGGCUAUGACUACUUCGGCUUCAAGACCAUGGAGAAGUCCUACCUCUUGCGCGUGAAAGGAGCCUGUGCAGAACGUCCUCAGCACAUGCUGAUGCGCAGUGCGUGUGGGAUUCACUGUGGAAACCUGAGAGCCGCCCUGGAGACCUACGACCUCAUGUCGAGGAAGUACUUCACUCAUGCUACGCCCACGCUCUUCAACGCAGGGACACCCAAGCCCCAGAUGUCUUCUUGCUUUCUCUUGAAGCUGAAGGACGACAGCAUUGAGGGCAUCUAUGACACUUUGAAGCAGUGCGCGCUGAUCUCCAAAUCCGCCGGUGGCAUCGGUGUGGCAAUCAGCAACGUCCGCGCCAGCGGCUCCUACAUUCGUGGCACCAACGGCUACAGCAACGGCCUGGUGCCCAUGCUGCGGAACUUCAACGAGACCGCGCGCUAUGUGGAUCAGGGCGGUGGCAAACGUAAGGGUUCCUUUGCCAUGUACCUGGAGCCCUGGCACGCCGACGUCUACGACUUCAUUGAACUCCGCAAGAACCACGGCAAGGAGGAGCAACGUGCCCGUGAUCUCUUCUUGGGACUCUGGAUCCCAGACCUCUUCAUGAAGCGCGUGAUGGAGCAGAAGGACUGGACCUUGUUCUGCCCCAAUGAGGCCUAUGACCAGGAGACAGGAAAGGGUUUGAUGGAUCUUUGGGGAGAAGAAUUCGAACGUCUCUAUGAGAAGCUGGAGGCAGAAGGGAAGGGUCGAAAGACGGUGAAAGCCCAGCACUUGUGGUUCCGAAUCCUAGAGGCUCAGAUGGAAACGGGCACUCCCUACAUGCUCUACAAGGAUCACUGCAACCGGAAGUCCAAUCAGCAGAAUCUGGGCACCAUUCAUUGUUCCAACUUGUGCACCGAGAUCAUCGAAUAUACCUCUCCGGAUGAGGUGGCGGUGUGUAACUUGGCCUCCAUUGCUUUGCCCUCCUUCGUGAAGAAUGGAGAAUACGACUUCCAGAAGCUCUAUGAGGUCACGAAGGUGGUCACCAAGAACCUCAACAAGGUGAUUGACCGGAACUACUACCCCGUUGAGGAGGCUCGCCGCUCCAACAUGCGCCACCGACCAGUAGGCCUUAGAGUUCAGGGCUUGGCAGAUGCCUUCCUCAUGCUGAAAUUGCCCUUCGAAUGUGAGGAGGCCAAGCGCUUGAAUGAAGACAUCUUUGAGACCAUCUACUUCGCUGCCUGCGAAUCCUCUUGCGAACUCGCCGAACUCCACGGGCCCUAUCAGACCUACGCCGGAAGCCCGGCGAGCAAAGGUCAGUUGCAGUUCGAUCUUUGGAACCGCGCGCCCAAGAGUGGACGUUGGGAUUGGCAAGGCCUUAAGGCGCGGAUUGCAGCGCACGGGCUGCGGAACUCCCUGCUGGUGGCACCGAUGCCGACCGCCAGCACUGCACAGAUCUUGGGGAACAACGAGUCCUUUGAGCCUUACACGCAGAACCUCUACGUGCGGCGCGUGCUCUCUGGAGAGUUUGUCCAGGUGAAUCGGCACCUGCUCAAGGACCUCAUCUCUCGAGGCCUAUGGACCGAUGAGACCCGUGUGCAGCUCAUCGCGCAGAACGGCAGCGUGCAACGCAUGGACUUGCCGCAGGACGUGAAGGAGCUCUACAAGACUGUUUGGGAGAUCAAGCAGCGCUGCGUCUUGGACAUGGCAGCAGAUCGUGGUGCCUACAUCGAUCAGUCUCAGUCCCUGAACAUCCAUAUGUUGGAUGCGAACACCGGCAAGUUGAGCUCCAUGCAUUUCCACGGUUGGAAGCUGGGGUUGAAGACCGGGCUUUACUACUUGCGCACCAAGGCCGCUGCGGAUGCGAUCAAGUUCACCGUAGAUGUGGAGGCCUUGAAGAGGAGCGGUUCUGACUCGGAGGGCACCCUCAGCAGCAGCGUGAGUGGAAGCUCGUCGAGCUGCUCGGGCUCGUCGAAGGCGGUCAUCGAAGCCUUGAAGGCGGAGAAGCCGAAGUAUGAAUGCAUCAAUUGCGCAAGCUAA